AUGCUGUCCAAGGCACUGCUCCUCGCUGCCGGUAUCAAUCUCUUCGCUCGUGCUGCUGGUCAGACGUGCGAUGGUUCCACAGCGACACCCGAUGUCUUCUCCCUGCAAUCCAGUCUCGACGGCUCUUGCGUAGAUGACUACGCCGAUGAUGGUCAGCUCUACACUGACAAGUCAACACAAACGAAAGCGAACCAAUUCACACUUGUUCGUCAGGUCAGCGGCGGUUUCCAGCUCAUCGACCAGACCGUCAAGAACGGACCCAAGUUCUGUGUCGGUGAACAGGCGACUUCAAAUCAAUUCCAAUGCUCUGGUGACGCAAACCCAAGCAAUGACCAGAACAUGUUUGGCGCAUGCAACGGCCUUUUGACAUACAAGGGCUCCUCAGACUUUUACGCGUGUGGGCCUGGCAUCUUCCCGACACUGACCAGCUACAACUACUUCACAGUACAAUACCCCAACUGUAUUCCUGUCAAGUUCUCUAUUGUCACGUACGACCAAUGCUUCCCUGCGCCGCCUACCUCUACAAGCGUGCACAACUACAACGACGAGCUCGCAACCCGAGACUACCUCAACCACAACGACGAGCUCUCAUCCCGAGUCAACCUCGACGACAAUCUCAACAACGAGUUCUCACCCCGAGACUACUUCGAGCACAACGACAACGACGAGCUCGCACCCCGAGACUACAUCAACCACAACGGCGAGCUCUCAUUCCGAGUCUACCUCGACGACAAUUUCCACGACGAGUUCUCAUCCCGAAACCACCUCGAGCACAACCACAACGACGAGCUCACACCCUGA